UCCAGUUUCCUGGCUUCUCGGUUUCAUCAUUCCUUGAUUUGCGUAGGAGAGGCAGGCACACAGAGAGCCAUAGAAUAGAACCGCUUGGCCACCGCCCAAGCAACCGCAGGUGGUAUUCAGUUUUGCAUCGAGUCGGUCGGUUCCUUGCUUUCAGGACCUCUCGCUCUCGUGCCAUCGUUUACUCAUCAGUUGAUGCGAUUUCCUUCUCAUUGUCAUUCCCAGCGAUCAUUCUUCAACGUCCAACACUUGAAGCAAUCGUUCGUCUCACACAGCAUAGUGGUUACAGUUCUGAAGGGCGUAUUACAAGUCAAGAUACUGAGAUACCUUGACAACUCCGCAUAUUCCUUAUUUUUAAUUCCCUAUGGCUUCUCCGACGCAAUGACAGCAUGACUGUACGCGGUAGUGACAUCAAAACCUCCAGCAAAGAUAUUGUAUCAGGAAGACGGUUCGCUAGGCCGGCGACAUAACCGCUGCCAGCAUAUUUAUUUCGUCUAAAGAAAAGGAGUACAAAUAUCGAAGACGAAAGAUCGAUCGUGCAUUCAGCAGCAGACCAGCUGACACGACUUUCAUCCGAUCCACUUCACCAGUUUCUUGCAUUUCAAACGAGCCGUCGCGAGCCGACUCGUUUCAGAUGGCGUUCGACACCAUAAGAAAAACGGACUUCGCCGCCAUAGCUUCUCCGAGACAACAAAAGGACACCCACCAUAAAUCCCACGCCUCCCACGCAUCCCCGUUCCUCAUCCUAACCCGUCGGCAAGCCCUAUGCCUCGGCCUCAUGUCGGGGAUCACGCUCGUCCUUCUCCUCGCCAUCGCCAACUCUCUCGGCCGGAACACCUCCGUCGGACGCAGCGCCUCGUUAUUAGUCCGGCCGUUCAACUCGCUCUUAACAGAUCGUGACUACGCCGACGCGGACGUGCGCGCGGGGAGGGAGGGGUCCGCGGACGGCUUUUCGGACGUGCAAGGGUCGUCGGAGAAGAGCUCGGGGGGGAUGCGCGUGGGGAUUGAGGCGCAGGUCGACCCGUGCGGGGGGAUCGGGCUGAGCCCGGGGAACGAUAACUGCUUCGGGUCGUGCAAGCGCCGGACCAAGUCGGGCCACUGCGUGAAGGAGCUGUUCAAGUUAUACGACGACGCUUACAAGCCCUUAUGGCCGGCUCGAGUGGACCUGUUAAUCCGCAGCUACGUGUCGGACACGUUCUUCCUGCUGGAGAUGCUGUUCGACAGCAUCGAGCAGCUGUGGCCACGUGGCAUUGGUGACGUCAUCCUGGUGCUGGACGAAGACAACCAGAUCGUGGAGGACAUCGUGCCCACGUGGAUCAAGGUGUACUACGAGAAGAACUACCUGAAGCUUCCUGGAAAGAUCCUCCAGCAGUGGAGCUACCUGUGGGCGGACAACUACACCACAGCGCCGUACAUCGCCAUCAUUGACGAUGACGUCAUCUUCAACCUCAAGGUGACUCCGGGCCUCCUGUUCAACCUGACGGACGGAAAGCCCUACGUGAUCGGGAGCCGGCAGAAGCAGAUGAACCACUGGGUGCCGUCGACGCACUACUUCGUGGGCAAGCCGUACUACUUCGCCAACUUCAUGGUGCAGCUGCCCUUCGUCUUCCCCCGGGACGUGCUGCCCAAGUUCAGGGACCACGUGGUGGGGACCCGGGGAGGCAAGUUCAAGAGCUUCGACGCCGCGUUUCAGAACUUCGCUCAGCACGGGCCCAAGUUUGAGAGGACGCAGAUCGCCCACACCACGCUGGGCAAUUUCAUGUGGGCGUUCACCCAGGACGAGGUGCACUGGGCGCUAGAAUGGACGGACCACAUGCCCAUCCCGCGCAUUGGCGUGCACAUGCCGUACUCCCAGCCCUUCCGCGACGCCACCAACAACAACGACCAAGCCCCGCGCGUCGUCAAGACCUACGUUGCCCUGGCCGGCUACUACUCGCACGAAGCAGUCUGCCACGCCUUCCCUCCGGGGGAGCUCGACCGCUGCAAAGACGUGCUGAAAUUCGAGCAGCGGCAGAUCUGGCAGUAUGUCAUGGACUGGUAUGACUGGCCCGCGAUCAAGCACAAGAGGAAGAAUGCGACAUUUGUGUAUGAUUUGUAUAAGCGGGAGCUUGCAUGCAUGUAUGGGAAGGUGGCUGAAGCGCGCACUAACGAGUGGACGGAUCAUAUUAUAGGGAGGCGGAGGGAGCUGGUGAAUGAGAUGACCAGGGACUGCGCAACGCCGCAUUCUAAUUAGGUCGUGCGUAGCUAGUUAUGUACCAAAUAGUAAUGGGUGUGUAUGUACCGUAUAUUGCUGGUGCAUAUUCCACUCAUGGUGGGAUUAUGACCAUGGGUGUACUUGUAGCGAAUCGUUCAAUGCCAGAC